AUGGUGAUCCGUCUGGAGAUCCCAUUUGCCAGUAGUACCUACGCCUUGAAGGAACGACGGUUGACGACAUACUCGGUCGGCAUCCCAGCAGAAGCUGUCCCAUACCUUGUUGGGGGAAGCCUUCUCAAAUCAACUUCUUUCGGCAAUUAUCUCGUUGGUCAUCGACGUCAUUGGUGGGCCAGAGCGCACAAUAUUCCAACUUGUGUUGUUGAAACUUCGAUGCAGAAAUUGAAGGAUGCAAUGUUAGUAGAUACAGCUGCACAAUUAAAUUGCAAGUAUAGAAGAGCUCUUUCUGCAGUUUGUAACAGCCGCAGCAGCAGCAACUGCAGCCGCAGCCGCAGCAACUGCAGCCAGCAACAGCAGCCAGCAGCAGCCGCAGCAGCAGCAGCAGCAGCCAGCAGCAGCAGCCAGCAGCAGCAACUGCAGCCAGCAGCAGCCGCAGCAGCAGCAACUGCAGCCAGCAGCAGCAGCCAGCAGCAGCAACUGCAGCCAGCAUCAGCAGCCGCAGCAGCAGCAACUGCAGCCAGCAGCAGUAGCCAUAUACUUAAAUCGGACACAAUACUCAAUUUCGGGAAAGGAAAAACAGAACAAUGA